GCCCUCCUGUGUGCUGAAAGUGAUUUGUGCAAGUCUUUUCAACAUCACAAACUCAAUCGGAGUUGUCAGCUUAAUGAUGACCUCGAUAUUGGCGAUUGCUCUAAGAUGACUGAUGCUGUCGAUUUCAGCUAUUAUGAAAAGGCAUGUCUCAAUGGCGGUUUCCUGAAGCCAGAUGGUAGAUGCGCGUGUGUGGAUGGUCACGUUGGUCCUCGGUGUGAGCGACCAAUGACAGAUUGUUCUGAGGGUUUCAACUCCGUCCAUGGCUACACCGACGGUGUGUACAAUAUUAAACCAUUAGCCUCGCAAACGUCAUUUCCGGUCCACUGCACCAUGAAAUUCGGCGGGAGAACAAGAAUUGCAUAUCGGUCUCUGUCUUCAGUGGAUUUCUACCAAAACUGGGACGGCUACAAAAACGGUUUUGGUGAUGUGACAGGUGACCAUUGGCUUGGACUUGAGAAGAUUCAUCUCAUAACAAAACCUGGUUCAUAUGAAUUGCGAGCGGGGGCUGUGCUGAAGAAUAAAAGUCGCUAUCAUCAAUAUUAUGAAGAUACGCGAGUGGCUGAUGAAACGAACGGCUAUAUGAUUACAUUUUCGGCCGUGAGGACGCCGAAUAUACAACCUCUUGGUGAUUGUCUAAGCCCUCUGAAUGGGUCCUCAUUCAGUACAUUUGACCGCGACAACGACAACUUGCCAUCCGGAAGCUGCGCAGUCGAUUAUCAGAGUGGAUGGUGGUUUAACGCAUGUGCAGACUGCAAUCCUACAGGCCGUCUGUUGAUGACUGCUGAUGGUUUACGGACAAACGUCCAGCAUGAGGUUUACUGGACAAAUAAUUUAGGUAAUGCUGUUCCCUACAUAUUGAAAUUGUGGCUUGUAAAGAUGUAAUAUGUACAUUCCAGAAAUUGGCUCCGGAAACACAUUUGAACGAUGCAGAUGUAACGUUGAGUGAAUUCACUUGGUGUAUAAUAGGCCGUAGGGCCGGAUGGUCUACAUUUUUUUUAUUUUGAAUUUUAUGUGAUUUUAAUAUGUCAAUUGUAUACCACGUGACACGUUAAUAAACUAUUUUCUUCUUC